AUGCAUUCAUACAAGAAGAACAAUACGAUUAAUCGAAAGGAUAAGAGUAGACGCGUUGCUCAACACGAUACUAUCAAUAAUAAAGUAGACGCGGGAUCGAAUCAUGGAGAAUCCACAGAAGUCUUUAGUUUGGAUAAUUACUUGAAGAGUUGGUCCUUUGGUGGGCCUGGAGACGAAAAUAGUAAACUUUCAUCAAAAAAACCUUUUGUCAAAGGGUUUACCAAAGCAAAACUUUAUCAUUCACCCGGAAAAAGUAAUAAUAAAACCUCCAAGACAGCGAUAUCAAGGGAAAUGGUGCCAUUGACGUCUAUUCUCAAAAAAUCAAAGGGAUUCACAGAAAACAGUCACCAACUAAAAACCUCAACAGAUCCUGAAGAUACUCUACCGAAUACAGCGAGUAAAUCCGAAAUUUCAGACUCUAGUAAAUCUGUACGAUUUGCUCGGCUUUCUUCAAGUCCUAAAAAGAAGUUGGUAAUAACUCGUACGCCUUUGAAAGCUAUCAAUCAGAAUGUCAUUCCGAUUAAUCUGAAUGAAUCUAGUUCUCCUACCUCAAUACCACUGGAUAAAUUCAGUCUUGAUCUCAAAUCACCGGACUAUUCUUCAAAACCUGUACCUUAUGAAUUUAGUAGCUCCUCAAUAGUAGUUGAUAAUCGUCAGAAUGAGGACUUUAAUAAUGAUAUAAAUACCAAUACUCCAAAGAAUUCUAAUAAGGAACAAAUAGUGGUUGAAGAAGACAAAAAUUUAUUUGCAGCUGAAGCCAGCAGAGAGUUAUUAGAUCAACCGAUCAAAGAAGCAAGCUCGAAUGAUUCUAUAUUAAUAAGUGAACAGCAUGAAACAAUGGAAAAUAAAAUCGCGCCUAUCUCUUGGCAUCAUGAAUCACCAAUAAAGAAAGUAGUUUCUAAAAAUGAAACCCCGAUAAAAAAAGUAGUUUCUAGAAAUGGAAAUCGUCCAAAGAAUAAGACAAGGAAUAAAAAGACGAUAAAAAAUGAUGAAGCUAAUUUAUUGCAGCUCUUGGAAAUUUGCGGUCAAAAAGAUUAUUAUUCAUUUGAAGAAUUUCUGGGAUCAGAAUGCUUAGGAAUGGCCAAAAAGAUUGGAGAGGCCACUUUCUCUGAAGUAUUUGAAGUAACGACUUCACAAUUCACUUCAAAUAAAACAAGAUGUGUUCUAAAGAUAAUACCAUUUGGACAAGGGAAAAAAGUUUUAGUGAAUGGUGAAGUGCAAUGUGAAGUUCUGGAUGUAAUGCAAGAAGUCAAAAUUACUAUGGAACUUGGUGGACAUGCUAAACUUCAUCCGGAAAUUCGAACGGGAUUUCUAAAAGUGUAUCGAGUAGGAAUUUGCCGUGGGACAUAUCCGAUAUCUCUAAUCGAGGCCUGGGAUCGAUGGGGUAACCAACAUAGAUCAGAAAACAAUCGUCCCGACUAUUUCAACCAGAAUCAAAUAUAUACUAUAUUUGUAAUUGAACAUGGCGGCGUUGACUUGGAACAUGUGAAAUUAAAGACAUGGCGUCAAGCAUGGAGCAUUUUAGCACAAAUAGGAUGGACUUUGGCUUUGGCUGAAGAGUCUCUCAAAUUUGAGCAUCGCGACUUGCAUUGGGGAAAUAUUACGAUCAAGGCUACCAACUUGAAACACGUCACGUUUUAUGAUCCUUCUAAAGGGAAGGUUUAUGAGAUUCCUUGCUUUGGAAUAAGAGCCUGUAUUAUUGAUUAUACACUUUCACGCAUGGAUAUAGAUGAAAAUACAAUUCAUGUCGAUAUCCGAGAUGAAGGGUAUUUCACCGGUGAAGGCGAUUACCAAUAUGAAAUCUAUCGCAUGAUGAGGGAAGAGACAAAAGGGAACUGGCAAUCCUUUUGUCCGAAAACAAAUGUUUUCUGGCUUCAUUACCUUGCUGACAAAAUUCUGAAUAGUCUCGAAUUGGAGAAACCACAAAAGAACGCGAAACCUGAAAUAAUGAGCCAGAUGCCAUACUAUAAUGCGAUUCAAAGUCUUUGCCAACGCGCGCUCAAAGAAGGUAGCGGCGGCUAUAAAAGUUCCAAAGAGCUUAUGGAGCAAGACGCGUUUUGGAAAAUAUAA